AGGUAUUUAAUGCGUCGUCCUCGAAAAUGUGCGAAGCGCGCUGCAAUAAUAUAUUUAAAACAAGCAAUACCGGAAAUACGUUAUCAUCCAUUCGGAUUUCAUCUCUAAAUAAAUUAUCUAUCGAUUCAAUUUUGCAUUAACGAAAAAUAUCAUUAUUUUAUAACAUAAAAUAUCAUCUAGCACACAGUACCAACUUUGCAAGUAAAUACUACGAAAGAUCGUAUUAAUCGAAUUUAGCGAGACCUUAGAAAAUUCAAGCGACACACAUUAGAUAUAUAACGCGCGAUCAGGAAAGAUUCGUAAUUGUGAUUUGUAUGUUUCUUUCGUUUACAAUUAUUCGAGUAUGUGAAACAAGUGUUAGUGAAAAAAUUUAUAUAAUAAUUGAAUAAAAAAGACAUUGCUUAUUUUGUGUUAAAUAUCGAAUUAAUAUCAACAAAUAAUGAACGAGGAACAAGCUCAUGAUGCUAAACAACAAAUUGCAACUAGUCCAGAGGAUACCGAGGACAUACCUGCUGGGCAACAAGGUCCCCAAGUUCCCAGACGCAGAGGAGGCAUCUCUGCGGAACCAGUCUCCGAAGAAGAUGCGACUAGUUAUGUCAAAAAAGUCGUACCUAAGGAUUAUAAAACAAUGGCUGCCCUGAGUAAAGCAAUUGCUAAAAACGUCCUCUUUGCUCAUCUUGAUGAAAAUGAACGUUCUGAUAUUUUUGAUGCUAUGUUCCCUGUUACUUUUUUGCCUGGAGAAGCAAUUAUUCGGCAAGGCGACGAAGGCGACAAUUUUUAUGUAAUCGAUCAAGGAGAAGUUGAAAUCUUUGUUAAUGGUGAAUUAGCCACAACAAUAGGAGAAGGUGGAAGUUUUGGUGAACUUGCAUUAAUAUACGGGACUCCUCGUGCUGCAACUGUUCGUGCAAAAACAGAUGUGAAAUUAUGGGGUAUUGAUAGAGAUUCUUAUCGAAGAAUCCUUAUGGGUUCUACUAUAAGAAAACGAAAGAUGUACGAAGAAUUCCUUUCCAGAGUUUCAAUUUUGGAAUCUUUGGAUAAGUGGGAACGACUCACAGUAGCUGAUGCUUUAGAACCAGUGGCAUUUGAUGAUGGUGAGACUAUAGUUCGACAAGGUGAACCAGGUGAAGAUUUUUAUAUAAUUGUUGAGGGUACAGCUGUUGUUUUACAACAACGUUCAGAAGGUGAAGAACCAGCGGAAGUUGGUCGUUUAGGACCAUCUGAUUAUUUUGGUGAAAUUGCAUUACUAUUGGAUAGGCCAAGGGCAGCAACUGUUGUUGCGCGAGGUCCUUUAAAAUGUGUAAAACUCGAUAGAGCAAGAUUUGAACGAGUUUUAGGACCGUGUGCAGAUAUUUUGAAACGCAACAUUACCCAGUAUAAUAGUUUUGUGUCCCUAUCCGUAUAAAUUACUGUAUCAGCGAUAUUAUCAGCCUUUAAUUUUUUUUUAGUACGUUUC